AUGACGAAUAACCAAGCUUGUAUACAAGUUUCAGAAAAUAAUACCAACCAUGAUGAUGAUUACGAGUUGGUUCCAUCUCAAAAUACUGCAAAUAUAUUGCACAACGACGAUAUUGAUAGUAAUAUUGUUGAAGACGAUGAACAAGAAGAGUCACCAGAAGGUUAUUCUUGGCAACCACCAAACGAAAUGUGUAACUUACCCACAAAAAUUUUCAAGGACAAUCUUCUCACCCUUGAUGAAAGAAAAUCUAUUUUACAAGCACACCCUUACAAUAAACAUAUUGGUUUUAAACCUCCAACAAUGGAUAAAGGUUUAUGGAAAUAUAUGCCAAAGAAUACUAGAGAGUAUGACAAAUCACUUGCAAAAAUAUUGUACCGUACAUCAGCAGCAAUAUGCCCUCUUGACAAUUCCCUAUGUCUUUUAUAUGACUCAAAACCUGAUGACUCAGAUAAUGAAGCACUUGAGUCUUGGAAAGCUCUUAAACAAUCUUUACUUGAUACCAGAAGUCUUAUACUUGACAGUCUAUCCUUCACUAAUGAAAUUAGGCAACUCAAAAAUACAUUGGAGAAAGAGAAUGCAAAAAAUAAACUUGUCCACAAUUCCUUUUAUUACCAAAAACAUCAAAACAUUAGUUAUAAAAAAUUCGACAAUCGCAAACAAUACGUUCAAUUCAAGGAACAACUUCUACAACACAAAGCAAAAUCAGAAUUAAACAUGAGAUCGAAGAUUCAUUCACCUCAACAAUCAGGUCUAUGUCUACAUAUUGCAAACUGGAUAGAAAUAUUUGAAGAAUCCUGGGUUACAAGAAUUAUAAGCAAAGGAUACUCUCCUAUCUGGGCUUCUAUAUCUCUCAGAAUAAAGCAACCUAUAUCUCAUCACCACUAUGACCAAGAGAUUAUGACAGAAAUAAAAAAGUUCUUGAAAAAAGGAAUUAUAAAAUCAAUACCUACCACAACACCAUGUUUUAUCUCCAGAAUUUUCUUAGUUCCCAAAAAGAAUGACAAAAGUCAAUUAGUUUUAGACCUCAGAAAACUCAACCAAUACUUAACACACUAUCAUUUCAAAAUGGAAGGAAUAGAGAUGGUGAAGACUCUAAUUUUCACGGAUCACUACAUGGUAUCUUUAAACAUAAAAGAUGCUUUUUUACACAUUCCUAUCAACAGACAAGAUCAAUCUUUUUUUGCAUUCGACUUUCAUGGAAAACAUUAUGUAUUCACAGCUCUUCCAUUUGGCAUCAGAAUUAUAGCUUAUCUAAACGACUUAUUUAUAGUUGAAAAUACAAAAUCAGAGACUACAGAACAUUUAAAUAUAACAUUUCAUACCCUAAAUUCUCUGGAUACAUCAAAGAUGACAAUAUCUCUUCCCCAUCUAAAAGUAAAAGAAGUCAUAAGAGAAUGCAAGUCAAUACUCACAAAAACCACAAUUCAUAUUCGCAAACUGGCAUCCAUAAUAGGAAAAUUAAUUGCAACAACAAAUGUGAUCUUCCUAGCUCAUCUUAUGACCAGAGCAUUAUUACGCAACAAAAAUGCCACAUUAAAAGACAGG